CCAGUUGACUUUAUUCGGCAGUAAGCAUUUGUCAGAGUCGCAUGGGGUUAUCUAUUUUGUAGGGAAAUGGGUGAACCAAAAUGUUUGUUUUUUGUUCUAUUGAUUUGGUGUCUCGGCACAGUACACGGCCAAGGUUACUCCAUUUCAGCGCAAGAUUCCAAACAAAGCUGCCAGAAACUAAAACUGAAACAAGGUUAUUUUGGCUCGGAUGAAGAGACGUACCGGCACGGCACGGAACUUUACUAUGCCUGCGAUAAAGGUUGGAAACCUGCGGUUGAGGGGUGGUGGGCGAUGGUUAAGUGUGAGAACAGAAAAUGGUCCAACACACCUCAGUGCAUAGAUGAGAACGACUGCAUUGCUCCAGAUAACCCUAAUGCUAAAGUGAAAACCCCUGAGGUGAAAGGAUGGUAUCCCAAUGGAAAAGUAGUUUGGUUUGAAUGUGAUGGAACAUAUGAAAUUGAGGGCCCUAUCACAGCUAAGUGUGAGAAUGGGACUUGGACAAAAUUACCACUUUGUGAAGAAAAAGAGGUCUCGUGUGGACAACCUCCUCUUGUGACCAAUGCAGUUAUCACUCAUGAAUAUCAGGAGAAGUUUCAAGAAGGCUCUAAGAUAAAUUAUAAAUGUCGGGAUUCAUAUACUUAUGAAGGAACUGACUCAAGCGUUUGCCAAUCUGGAGAUUGGACCAUAAGUCCCAAAUGCAUUCAAACUCCAUCCCCCACAGAGAGGGCCAGCACAGGUGAUGGAGGCAGCAGUACUUCGAGUGACAGAGGAAAUGGCGGCACAUCUAGCGGAGGGGACCACCGCACAUCUAGCGGAGGGGGCCACAGCACAUCUAGCGGAGGGGGCCACAGCACAUCUAGCGGAGGGGGCCACAGCACAUCUAGCGGUGAUGAGGCCUCACUCAAUGUCAGACCCUCUGCCAGACCACAACCUGGUGGUCCAUUUUUACCUGUUGAUAGGUGUGGAGAGAAGCCAACAGUUGAUAAUGGGGAUUUUAUCAGUGACUCUGACAGAAAUCGAAUGGCACUGACCUUCACAUGCAUUAACUAUUAUAAACUUGUGGGCCCAGAGCAAGUGAUGUGUCAUAAUGAUCAAACGUGGUCAGAGCUCCCCAUUUGUAAAGCUCCCUGUACCAUUGACAAAAUGACAUUUGACAUGCUGGAUCUUACAAAAGAUAUGUUUGUGAAGGAAGGAGAGAGUCAGACAUUUCUCUGUAAAGUAACUGAUUAUUAUGAACGACGUCUUGUUGCUGAUGUUCAAUGUCAGAAUGGACGAGGGGAAACUGGCAGAUGUACAUUGGGCUGCAAACUGGAAAAAAGGGUUAAAUAUUGGCUGGAUCUUACACAGGAUAUGUUUGUAAAGGAAGGACGUCAGACAUGGAACUGUAAACAAACGGAUUACACUGGUCGUCGUCUUGUUGCAGAUGUUGAAUGUCAGGGAGGAUAUUUAACCGCAAGCGGUUGUUACCAGCUAAACUAAUAUUUGGCCUGGUGAAUCAAUGCAACAAACCCAAAGCUGCAGCAAAUCCCCUGGAAGAGAGGACUUCCCACGUUGGCCACCAAUCAAGAUCAUGAUGUGUUUGAUAAAUGUGCUUUUACAUUUGGUUCAUGAUAUGGAAUCUGUCUCAUAACACAGGGGGUUAGUAGGGGAGCAGAGAGGAAAGGAGGCCCACCAUCUUAGGAUAGGAGGCUGUCUGACAAGAUUCAGACAGUCAUUCUGAAUGAUUCAAAAGAAAUGAAAAAUACAUGUUGAACAUAAUAAUGGGAAGGUUGAUGAAACAGUUGAUCAGCAAAACAUUUGAUAUUGAUCCUCUAUUCAUUUAAAGCAGCAAACUACUGGUAGUCAAUGGGAGUCAAAUCAAUAGAAUGUACAGUAUACAAUGGACAUGGAUUCAUGUAGAAAAUGUCAUGGCUUGGAUCUAUAAAAGAGAUAUAAUUAGA